AUGCGCACAUUUUUCGCAACGUCGCUGCUCAUCGCUGGGUUGGCGGGAGGUGUCUUCGGGCACGCGCCAGUCAAUGGGGGCGAAGUUCGUCGACGCAAGUCGCUCGGAUUUGGCCCGGAGUUACCCCACGCGAAAUUCCACGCAAACCCAUACCAAAUUCAAACGAAUGGCUUCAUGCCAAUGGGUUCCGCCUCAGACCCGUUUGUGGUUGCGACGGCGUUCCUCGACGACUUGUUGAGCGGCCAGACAGGGCUCAACUCCCGCUACAAGAUUCGCAAGGACUCUUACACCGACGUGAACACCGGUGUGACCCACGUAUAUGUGCGCCAGAUGGUGAACGGGUUGGAGGUUGCUGAUGGCGACAUCAAUUUGAACAUCAAAGAUGGCAUGGUUUUGUCAUAUGGCAACUCCUUUUACGCUGGUCCUACUGACGACCUUGCAAGCUCAUUGAUUGGUGAUGUUCGACACCCUCAUCGCGAGCAUUGCGAGACUCUGCUUGCAGAGCUCCAGCUUCGUGUAGCAGAGCGUUACUCCUCAGGCGAACAACUCCCCAUGUCCUCUCCCGCCUCCGUGGAUGAAGAUGAACUCGCUCAUCUUGUCGAAUCGAACUGCGCAUUCGUUGACUUGCCCUACGACUUGGCUUCCAAGGGCUUUGCCUCCCAAGAAGCUGUUGACGACCCUCGCGCUGCUCUUCUCCAAUUUAUGGUCGCAGCCACCCCCAAUCAAGACGUCGUUCAAGAUGUUUUGAGCAACUUCGACGCGCACUUCGAGAAGAUGUCCGUCUCCGUCGUGCACCACUUUGAUGACCCGGAGAGCGCUCCGCCCUUUGAAAUCAGCAAUGUUCCGGACACCGUCAACCCGGUCAAGGCCCGUCUCGCCUACGUCCAAGUUCCCAACAAGGCCGGCGACUCUACGGAGCUUAACCUCGUAUGGAAGUUCGAGGUUGAGAUGUCAGACAACUGGUAUGAGGCUGCCGUGUCGGCGGCCGCUCCCCACCGGAUAGUGUCCGUGGUUGAUUGGGCUUCGGACGCUCCCAUUCCCAAACCGAAGCCCGGUGCUCCAGCCACCUACAACGUUUUCGCAUGGGGUACCAAUGACCCUUCGGAGGGUAAGCGCUCUAUUGAGACAGAGAACGUCGAUGCUCUUGCUAGCCCAUGGGGAUGGCACGCUUUACCUGUCGCCAACGAUCCCUCCAUGAAGGGUGUGCGACCAAGCUCCCCGAACGCCAUCAGGAACACGACGAGCACUUGGGGUAACAACGUCUUCGCUCACGAGAACUGGGAAGGCCAGAACUCUUGGAUCAACAACUACCGCCCUGAAGGCCACAAGGGAAAUGUUUUCGACUUCCCGUACGACCCCCAGGCCACGAACAAGACAGCCGCACUCGGCGAAGCGAAGAAGUUCAUCGACAUCGCGGUGACGCAACUCUUCUACACUUCCAACUUGGUCCACGACCUUUACUAUCGGUAUGGAUUCGACGAAGUCGCAGGUAACUUCCAACAACACAAUUUCGGUCGUGGAGGUGCGGAGAACGACGCCGUUAUCGCCAAUGCCCAGGAUGGUUCUGGGUUCAACAAUGCCAACUUCAUGACACCGCCUGAUGGUCAGAACGGCCGCUGCCGUAUGUACCUUUGGAAUACUGCCAAUCCCUACCGCGAUGGCGACUUGGAGGCUGGUAUCGUUAUUCAUGAGUUGAGUCACGGCCUCAGCACUCGCCUCACCGGUGGCCCUGCGAACUCAGGUUGUUUGGGCUGGGGUGAGAGCGGUGGAAUGGGUGAAGGCUGGGGAGACUUCCUUGCUACUACGAUCCGAAGCACGAAGAACUACUCUGACUACUCCAUGGGAUCUUGGGCUGCUAACCGUGAACAGGGUAUCCGUAACUUCAUCUACUCUCUUAACGAGACCGUCAACCCUUCUACCUACAAGACUCUAGACAAGCCAGGAUACUGGGGAGUACACGCUAUUGGUGAAGUUUGGGCAGAGAUUCUCUGGGUCGUGUCAAACGGACUUAUCGAUGUCCACGGUUUCUCCGAUUCGCUGUUCCCUCCCGCUCCUUUGGAAGAUGGCACCAUUCCUGAGGGCGAUUUCUACCGCCCCGUAGAAUACACAUCCGCUGGCAAGAAGAAACCGUUGAUCCCCAAGCACGGAAACACACUUUCUGUCCAGCUCGUUCUCAACGGCAUGAAGCUCCAACCUUGUCGCCCAUCGUUCUUCGAGGCCCGUGAUGCCAUCAUCCAGGCUGACCAGAUCUUGACUGGUGGCGAGAACUUCUGCACUCUCUGGACCGGCUUCUCAAAGCGCGGAUUGGGUCCUGAUUCGCGUGUCGAUGGGCGCACUCCAUGGGGUGGAGGAAUCCGCACGGAUGACUACGAUCUCCCCUCGAAGUGCAAGACGGCUUAA